AUGUUUUCCAAGAUUGAUUUGAGGCCAGGCUAUCACCAGCUGAAGAUUCAGGCAGAGGAUAUUUCGAAAAUGGCCUUUAGGACUUGUUAUGGUCAUUAUGAGUUCUUUGUUAUGUCCUUUGGGCUUACAAAUGCCCCAACAGCUUUCAUGGAUUUGAUGAAUGGUAUAUUUAAGCCAUACAUGUAUUCCUUCGUCAUAGUCUUCAUCGAUGAUAUUCUGUGGCAUUCUUGGGCCAUGUGGUGUCAAAGGACGGGAUUAUGGUUGAUCCUAAGAACAUUGAGGUUGUUAGAGAUUGAGCGAGGCCCAUCCGUGAUUGAGAUUCCUAGCUUCGUGGGUUUGGGUAGUUACUACUGUCGGUUUGUGAAAGGCUUCUCUUCUAAUGCUUCUCACCUAACUCGAUUGACUCCAAAGGAGCAAGUGAACUAUAAGCACCAGAGACCUGGCAGUGUGCUUCAGAGGAUGCCCAUUCCCGAGAGAAAGUGGGAUAGGAUUGCCAUGGAUUUUGUUGUAGAGAAGUUGGCCAGGAUUUGCAUCCGAGAGACAGUGCGAAUGCACGGGGUUCCUAGUUCCAUUAUUUUAGACCGAGUUCUUACCCUUGGAGAGUUCACGUACAACAACAGCUACCAUUCUAGUAUUGAUAUGGCAUCGUUUGAGGCUUUAUAUUGUAAGAGGUGUCAUUCUACUAUUGGGUGGUUUGAUGCUUUUGAGGUGACACCUUGGGGUACAGAUUUGCUGAGGGAGUCUUUGGAAAAGGUAAAGAAAAUUCAGGAAAAGCUUCUGGCAGCUCAGAGUCGGCAAAAGGUGUAUGCGGACCGAAAGGUUCGAGAUUUGGAGUAUAUGGAGGGUGAGCAGGUUCUUCCGAAGGUUUAA